CAGGCUAGCUAGAGAGACAAGAACACACGAAUUGUGAAGUUGCAGACGACACUGAAUGCCAGGAAAUUGUGUUUUGGACCUUGAUUUGACCUUCCCUUUCAGAGGAUGCCGAUCACGAUGUCCCGAAGAAAGCAGAGUAACCCAAACCACUGAAAUCAGAGAGCGAUGUUGAGGAGCCGAUGGAUGACUCGUCGGCGGCGGCAUCACCGACUCCAGACCACCACCACGAUGUGGACCCGUCCAAGAGGACCAGCUCACCCCCCUUGGCAGAGAUGGAUGCUUCGUCAGAGGGGGGAGGUGACUCAGAAAAGGUGUUCCGGAGGAGGGUCGAGUGGCCGGUCAAGAAGGGGGCGACCAUUGGACCCUUCUCUGCGAGGAUUGAAUUGGUGCAAGAGGAAUGUGUCAGGGAGAACUCGAUCUGUGUGAGGGGUUCAAGCAAAGCUCUGUUCAGCAUCUUCAUCUUGGAGUACUACUGUGAAGAGAUCCUUAAUCAGACCAACAUCAGACCUGCUAAUGUGAACGGACCCAGGGCAGCACUGGUCUACAUCUAUAAGCCAGACAAGCAGCUGUAUCUACUUACACUGAAGGAUGUAGAGGAACAGGACAACAUCCCCACCGUGUUCUUGGAAGGGGGUCAAGACAGACACCCGGGGUCAGAGGAGGUCGAUGACCUCAUCCAGAGAGAGGUCAAAGCUGCAGCAGUGCAGAAAGCUAUCGGAGGUGUGAUAGCAGCUGGGGGGUUUCCAAGCUAUUCAGAUGGCGCCAGUCCCAAAACAGAGUUAGGAGGUGGUGCCACCAGCCCUCAUGAUGAUCCAGCUAGUGGCAUACAGGAGCCUGUUCAAGUGCCAUCUGUAAGCUGCCAGUCAUGUGGUGUGACUUUCCGGAAUCCUGCCAAUCUCAAUGCUCACCAGCUCUACUACUGCGCUGCAAGGGAGACCACGCCAGUCCCUCCUUCCACCAGGAACCGUCCUCCACGGCAGCCAAGCACACCCAGAGAAGCAUAUGCUGCUGAUCAGGCUGUAUUGGCCAAAGAGACAGGACAACCUGAAGACCUGGUGUGCAUCCUCUGCAAAGCCAGGUUCUCCAACCUUACAAACUGUCUGAGCCAUAUGAUCAAGUUGCACACAGAGCAGAACUCCCAGGCAUGCAAGUGCUGUAACUUUAUCAGCGUGGACGUCAAACUGCUCAAGGAACACAUGCUGAUUCAUGUUCGAGGGAGUGGGAUCAACCCAAACAUUUUCAUGGCAACACAGGGUAGUCGUGCUCUGAUGGGGCCAUUGGCCUUUCAUGGGAUGAAAGACAGAAGAUUGGAGGAGAAGAGGAAGCGAAAGAAGCAUCACCAGGCACCAGGUGGUCAUGCUCUGUCUCCUCCACAUGACGGCGGCAGUUCUAGUACUUCAACAGUGGAUGAAGAUCAGGACCAAACUGAUGAUAUAAAAACCAGUAGUGCUGUCAGAGACAAUGAACAAAAUGGUUCCCUGUCACAAGAUAAUAGAAAUGCAGAGACAGAGCCAAGUCUAUCAACUUCAGAAACCAGAAGAACUCCUCCAGCAUCCUCCAGUGAUCUAGGAAAGGUUCAGAAUGAACUCCAAACCCGACCCGUUGGAAGAUUCCUUUGUGUUGAGUGUGACAUCUACUUUUCAAGUCACAAAAAUUUUGUCGCUCACAAGCAGUUCUAUUGCCAGGGUCACACCAAAGAAAGGAAGCAAGUGGGACAUGGGCAAGUGCCUCCUGUCCCCGCCCCGCCUGUUCCGUUGGUGCAGUGUGGUAACUGUGGUGCAGUUUUCCCUAGUAGGGACAAACUGGCAGUUCACACCUUGUAUUUCUGUCAUUGUAGGAAGCCAGGUAAUAGCAGUGCUCAAGUCUCUGAACCACUAGCAGACAAAUCUAAUCAGCAGGGCAAACCUAGUCUGAAGAAUGAUCCUGAGACGGGCAACAGCGAGGAAGAGAAAGACAAAACUGACGCUGACAGUUCAAAAACGAAAAAUGCUCCUUCAGCAAAACCUCAAGUAAAAGUUGAACCUGAUGAAGAUGCUUCAGGAAAUAAUAAAGAACAUGAGCAGAGUGUUACAGGAAAUAGAGGUGUCUCUCCAAAUGUUCCUCUAUACCAAGCUGGUAUGGCCGGCAAUGGCCUGUCACCAGGGUCGGUUCUCUUAGCCCCAGGAAACAUACCAACGUACAUUGGUAGACAGGGUAAUUCACCAGUCUACAUUGUAGCUUCACACGUGUAUGUGACUCCACCAGGAGAACCUGGAUCAAGGGGCAUACCUCCGGCUCCCUACCCGCAGUUCUCUACCGUCAUCCCAGGGGGUCGAGAGGUGGUCUUCAAAGGGGAGCAUGGUGCACCCAUUCCUGGCGAGAGGCCACUGGACCUGACUGUACGCAAGCGAAAGGGAUGUGAGGAGAUUGUGUCUGAAGGAGGCAGUGCGUCAAAAGUCAUCAAGAAUGAGCCUGUCGAUCAGAAAAGCGCUUCAUCAUCGCCCACACCGCAACCAGAAUCAACAUCCAGCAUCCCUCCUCCAUUUAACCUUUCAAAUUUCCCAGGGCAUGUCCAGUACAAGUGUCCAGGUUGCCACAUAGCAUUCAAUCGUCUGGAAAGCCUGGAUAUCCACAGGCAGUUCUAUUGUCAGUCAGAGAGUGGCAGUGGAAACCAGACACCAGUUCUUCACUCUAGCACUUCUAUCCCUGUGCAUACCACAUUGCCAGCACUUCCCUAUUAUCAAAUUGUUACUAACCCCGGUCCUGCCAAUGGUGCUGCCCUUGUGCCAGCUCUCGCAACAGUUAAUCUCAGAGACAAUCACUCAGCUAUUUCUGAAAGUAAAGGAAUUGAAGGAAGCCGAUCACUGUCCAAGGGCAGAGCUAGCUCCAGUUCUGGUGCAGAAGCCAUGGAAGGUAUAACUGCAUCGGAAACUACUUCACCAUCACAACAUGAGUCCAAGGAAAAGGAAAAUAAAGACUCUAAGAAAACGCCAGAAACUUCAGAGAAUCUAGGAAGUAAGGGAUCCAGUCCUUCCACUUCAAGGACGUCUCCAAUGCUUCCUGGCUCACCAAACAAUCUAGCCAGACAUCCUGGAGGCCAGAAUGGAGAUUCUAGUGAAUCCGGUGGACACACUGUCCCCAUGUACAUGCCAUCUGUAGUGAGAUACAUGUGUCCAGCUUGUGGAGUGUCUUUCAUGAAGUUGGAGUCAUUGUCUGCCCAUCAGCAGUUCUACUGCAGGGCCUCACAAGAAGCACUCAACAGUGACAGAAGUAGUCCCAACGUCAAGGGCAGUGUCCCAUCCGAUUCCAUUCCGAUAACGGGUUCCAUGAUGCCAAGGUCUAGUAGCAGAAGCUCAGAAGAUGCACCAAUGCCUUCAAUGAAAAAAUCACCAUCAGGGCACUCGAGCAAGAGGAAUGAAUCAAUAGCAGCUAUGGACACCAGAGAGAAACCUGAUGUUGGAGAAGCUGUUCCAGGAGAGUCCAACAACACCAACGUUCAUGCAAUCUUGCCGGGAGCAGAAAAAGGUGAUGAUUCCGGAAACGAAUCAAGAACUUCUUUGUCCCCAGAUGAUAGUAAGCGUAACAAUGCAGCCAGUAUUGAUGUGAGAUGCAAAGAGAAUGGGAAGGAAAAGGACAAUGCAUGUACCAUUCAAAUUAAGUUGGAAAAGGAGGAAGAAGACUCUGAUACACGUGAUACAAGUGAUACUUGUACCAUUACAGACAAUAACAAUGUGAUCCAUGUCAAGUCGGAGAAAAUAGAAGGAGACUCUUGCUGCUCCGGUACCGAAAAAUUGCUCCCUAAAGCUUGCAGGCAAGAAAAUGGGACCUCUGAAGCGCCCUCUUUGCAGAAUGGAUGCCAUGGCCCGGAGUCUGCAAAAGGAGGGGUAGAUUUUACACCACCCAAAGCACUUGACAGUACUGAAUCAAAUCCCCCGGCCUCGCCUCCUUGUGGGGUGAAUGGGCCUCGGCAUAAUGGUGCAGGUGUAACCGCCGGGGUUGCAGGACGACCAGCUCCGAUCAUGUUGAAGCACUGCAGGGCAUGUAACAUAAGCUUCUCGAGUUUGUCCACGUUCAUAGCUCACAAGAAGUACUAUUGCGCUUCUCACCAUGUUGCUAAGAAUCCUGUCCAUUAAUUUAAGAC